CACUUUUUUAUUACUAUUAUUACGGAUAUCACCAUCCUUCUGAUCUUCUCGGAUCAUUCCUUUCUUCCUUCUUACUGCUCACGCUGCCUCCUUGCUCUUCCCAUCGCUGCCUCUUCCUGUCCGUCUUACCCAUCCCUUUCUCCCUUUCUAUCUCUCCCCCUGAUGUCGUCAUCUUCCUCCCUGUAUACUUUCUUAGUCCGCAGUAACCAACCGGAUCGUGCUCCUUGGCCUCCUUUUCAUUGCCACUUUACAUCUGGACGUGUCGGUACACCAAUCACCGACGCGGCAUUCAUGCGACCGCGUUAUGCCAGGCUGGUCGAUGCAUCCACGGAUCUUUGUUUCUGCAACAGUCCCGUCUUCUCUGUUCUUAUUUUUUUAGCUUCCCUUAUUAUGCUUUUCUCGGUAUCAACCGUCAACUCAAUCCAUCGCUGCGUGAUGAUACAAGAGCUCCGGAGAUGCCCAGAGUCCAACUGUCAGGCUGAAACCAGAGAUCUGCCUCAUGGUAUCGCCUGCCCGUGCAUCGACUGGGCAUCGGUGAGGGCGAAUUUUACUUGAUCUAAUCUGAUAGCGUGGGAUCCCUUUACUCCAUACUUAGUGAAAAGGAAAUUAAAAAGUAAUCAGUCAGCCAGAGAUGGAAUGUAUUGGUUCGUCAGAGAUGCAUCUAUUCCUUAACCCCUGCGUCAUGGUAUCCUGAGGCUGCUACAGGGAGUUAGAAUAUUUGCACCUAUUGUAGCCAGUGCACUCACAGCGGCACGUUCCAGACACACAAAGCCCAUUGUAGCCAUGCAUGACUUAACAAAAUGGAAAAACCCAGCUAGAAAUCAAACUGGAUUCUUCCUCAAGAAGACUCUUCACUGUGCAGGUAUUCAUUGAAGCUGCAGAAAAAAAGCCCGGAUCAACAUGUUUUCCCGUUCCGCCAUCUGCCACCAAAUUUGGUUAAAAGUCAGCCAUGCGACCAGCUCUCAACUCUCCUCUCUAUUAUUUUUACGUUCAUCAUCCAGCCAGGCGGCCAUUCCAAUGGAUGCGAAUCUCUGUUGAUGGCCAAUCUAGUCAUGGUUGCCGCUUUCUUAUUUCCUAUCUUUACCCGUGUCUUGUCGUGAGACUGGUUCCCGCAGCUACCUUUCGACUUCGGCACGCCCCGACGCUCUUUUUAUUCUCGAAUCCAUGGCUGCGACGGACCAGCCUUCGGGCUUGAUGGACAUUGCGAGCACCCUCACCCAAGAUGAAAUCCCUUUCAAACUGCGCUGCGCCAUUUGCAACAAGCUCGCCGUAAAUGCGUUUCGGCUACCCUGCUGCGAGCAGGCAAUAUGCGAAAACUGCCAGGCUUCACUUCCAGAAACAUGUCCCGUCUGCGCACACACACCUCUAUCCUCCGACCUAUGCAAGCCCAACAAAGCUCUUCGCACCACUCUCAAGGCUUUCCUCCGCACCGAAGAAAAGAAACGUGAGAGGGAUCGUCCUACCGCAUCCGCCACCCCCGCUCCCGUGACUCCUGUCGAUGGAACUCCCGCGCAGCCAGAGACUCCGGCAAAGGUUGAUGCGUCAGAGGGUGGUGUCGCGAACGAUUCGGCAGAACCUGGUCCUGGUUCAAAUGAACCGACCGAGCCUUUUCCGGAAACGACAAAACCCGUGGAUGCCCCUACCCAGGAUGUGACGGAAACGGAUCUCUCUACUGCAGCUGAUGCCCCUAUCCAGAGCACCGAUGGAGUUGCCACGAACGGAACAGUUGAAGGGACCGAGCCGACAGAGCAAACAACGCAGACCGUAGCCGGCGAGGGAGACGAGGUUGCAGAUGGCAACCAGGGAACAACACCCGUCUCUGGCCCUGCUCAGGCUCUUCAGAACCCUAUGGGCUUUGAUGGAAAUGUUGGAGGUUUCCCUAACAUGCCUUGGAGUGGUGUGGGAGACUUCAAUCCAAUGGCGCAGUUCAUGGCGAACGGCAUGUUCAAUACCUUUCAGAAUCCCAUGGGAAUGCCAGGUAUGGCAAUGGACCCGAUGGCUGCUGCGAGUCAGGGAAUGUUUGGGGGUUUUGGGAUGAACAUGAAUGGCAUGAACAGUGGUAUGAAUAUGGGGAUGAAUUUCGACGCUAGUCAGGGAAUGUAUGGGGGCUGGGACAGCGCACAAAACAAUACCUGGAAUGGAACCCAAGAUAAAUUCAAUCCAAAUGCUUUCGCAAAUGGUAUGGGUCCUCAGUAUGGCGGCCCCUCUGGAUUUGGCGGAUAUAAUAUGUCUCAACCCAACGGAAAUUAUGCUCAAAUGCAGCAACCACUGCAAUUCCCUAAUCCAGAUUUCCAGAAUGGAUUCCAAGGUUACGGCAGAGGCGGUUUUCGUGGCCGCGGUCAAGGCUUUUUCCCUGGUGGCCGCGGCCGGGGCGGAUACUCCAACUAUGCGCAAACUAAUUACCCCCCUAAUGCUGACUAUGCAGCACCUCAGGGUCAGGGCUCUCCUAUGAACCAAGAGAAGCUAACGCAGCCCAUGGAUGGUGUAUCUGCUCGCGUACCAGAGACAGACCCAAACACCGCUGAGAAUAAGAACCCCAACGAGGAACCCACCCCUGGACAUGAGAAUGAAACCGCUGAUGACACAUCAAAGGAGGCUACUGCUGCUGCAGGUACUAAGGAUGUAUCCAUGGAAGGCAAACCCGCAGAUGCGGCUGUCGAUAGCGCUCCUACUCAGGAUACGCAGCUGCGUGGCAUACCGACCAUCGAUAGCAUUGACAAGGCUAAUGCCGCUCAGGCGACUUACAAUAGGCCCCUACCAAUGCCCGCGUAUAUGGGACCGUCUUUUGGGAGAGGUGGAUACAUGCGUGGGCCGUUCCAAGGGGGUCGCGGAGGUGGCUUUCCCGGCAGACAGCCUAAUGGCGUGAAUGAGGCACCAGGACCGGGUGUUGUAGGCGCCCCAGCUGCUCCUAGAGCCAUGAGAGAGGGGCUGCCUAACACCAGUAUUCUGCGCCAGCGAGGAUUCCAGAUGGCAGCGCGGGCAUCAGCCUCGUCCGGCAGGCCUUCGGAGAGCUUACCAAGCGCGACACCUGGAACUCCACAGAACGACCAGCCAUCACGGUCCAAGUCGAGGGCUCGAUCAACCUCCAGAGCAAGGACUAGGUCGCGGUCAGCAUCUCAUUCACGACAUGCUAGCCACCGCCGCCACCGCUACCGUUCCGAAAGCGCCCACACCAGCGAAGACGACCGCGAGCGAAAGCGCGAUAGGGAGAAGAGAAAAUCCCGUCGAGAUGCAAAGGACAAUGAGCUGACGCAAACCGAAGAAGAUGCGCGCUCUCGUUCUCGAUCCCGUUCUCUCGAGUCAUCCAGAAGGACUUCGCAUCGUCGAGACCGGGACAGGGACCGGCGCGGCAACCGUCGGUCUCACAGGUCACACCGCCACUAUAGCCGCAGUCGCAGCCGCAGCCGCAGCCGUAGCCCUAGCCGCAACGGGGAGUCUCGCCGUGUUGAGCGUCCUUCUGCUGUGCCUGAAGACUACGGUACGGACACUGGCAGCAAAACGCUCGAAUCCAGCGAGGGAUUGGAGCCAUCGAAUCGGGUCAGCUCCAGCCAUCGCUCGUCGAGAAAGGAGCGCUCCAGUUAUCGCGAAGGAGAUAGAGAGAGAGAUAGAGAGAGUAAACGUCGGGAUAGAGAUAGGGACAGAGACAGGGAGAGGGAUCGUGUGCGCGACCGCGACCGCGACCGCGAUCGUGACCGUGACCGGGACCGGGACCGGGAUCGGGAUCGGGAUCGGGAUCGGGAGAAGCGCAGAGAUCGAGACCGCGAACGUCGUGAAAAGGAUAGAACAAGGGAUCGAAAGCGCUCCCACCGCGAUCGAUCCGAGUCGCCACAUAGCGAUUACUCUUCUCUCCACCGUUCACACCGGUCCAAACGCGCGCGCGAAGACGAACCCCGCACCGAAGACAAAGAAAAGCUUGUCUCUAAAGUCACUACUACUGAAUCCGAAAAGGAUCCACAUACAUUGGAACGCGAGGCCCGCGAUCGCGAACGCCUCCUUAAGGAGCAACAGCGACGACAGGCCGUGAAUGCCGAUCUGGAUGGGAAGAGUAGUCGUCGUCGGGAGAGCAGGCAGGACAGGACCUUAUCUGGCGGGCGACGGUUGAGUUACAAGUAUGAGGAUGAUGAGAGCGAUGGUGCCCGAGCCACGCGAGUCGAAAGGGAACGUGAAGCCAGCCGAUGGGCGUAGAUAUCGUAUCGUUAAUUACUUUUCUCUGGCUGUCCUGUUUCGACGCGGUGCGUCUUCGGCAGGAAGGAUCAGUCUCAUUUCACAUAUGUAGAAGGGGAAAUGAAGAGAAUAAAUGAAUAUCCUACUGGCUUAGCGAAACCAAGGUUGGUUUGGUUUCCCCAUGUUGAUAGUAGAUCCACAGAGCAAUGGAGUUAAUGAUCUAGGGAAAAUGUCUCCAGGACUCGCGAGGAUUACUGAAGAGGAAUAAUAUGAUCUAUGUCACGUCAGAUAUUCUCAUUAUUCCCCUAGUUCUAAAGUCUAGAAUUGUGCCUUGGCAUAAUGCGUAAUAGAAAGCAUGCCCUGUCCCCUUUCAUCCCGUCAGUGUUCAAUCCGGCUUCAACAAGAGUGACCUAGUGUUACCUCUACGCUCACUCGCGAUGUACCGCAAAAGGAGAUGGAGAAGUCGAAUGCUG